AUGGGAGCACUGGUCAGCAUCGCCUUUGGCCAAACUCGCCAGUACUACUUUGUAAGCACGCCACAAACCUGGACAAAUGCCCAGAGUGUCUGCAGACGUGACUACACUGACCUGGCCACUAUAGAAAACAUGGCCGAUGUUGAUGCUGUUCUCAGGACCACUUCAAACUAUCCAGCUCCUGAAAAUGCAGAAGCAUUCAGAUCAUCAGCACAAGAUGAGACCAGCAUCACUCUGCAGUGGAAUAAAGUCAACAACAACACCAGCUUUGUUCUCCAGUUUAACGGCACAGAGACAAACAUCAGUGAACCAGAUGGAGAUGGACCAGUGAACCAUACAGUCUCAUCUCUCACUGCUGGAACUAGAUACACAUUCACUCUGUUCUCUGUGUUUGAGAACGUCAGAAGCAGUGGAGUCAGCAUUGCUGCAGUGACUGCUCCUGAAAAUGCUGAAGGCUUUAGGGCAUCAAAACAAGAUGAGACCAGCAUCACUCUGCAGUGGAAUAAAGUCAACAACAACAUCAGCUUUGUUCUCCAGUUUAACGGCACAGAGACAAACAUCAGUGCACCAGAUGGAGAUGGACCAGUGAACUAUACAGUCUCAUCUCUCACUGCUGGAACUAGAUACACAUUUACUCUCUUCUCUGUGUUUGAGAACGUCAAAAGCAGUGGAGUUCAGCUCCCAGCUGUUACUGCCCCCCAAAAUGCAGAAGGCUUCAGAUCAUUGAGACAGGAUGAGACCAGUAUCACUCUACAGUGGGAUCCAGUCAAUAACAAUGUCAGCUUCAUCCUCCAAUAUAAUGGAACAGAGUUGAAUGUAGCGGCACCAACUGGGAAUGGACCACUAGCUCUGACAGUCCCAUCUCUCACUGCUGGAUCUAGAUACACAUUCACUCUCUUCUCUGUGUUUGAGAACAUCAGAAGCAGUGGAGUCAGCAUUGCUGCAGUGACUGCUCCUGAAAAUGCUGAAGGCUUCAGAGCAUCAAAACAAGAUGAGACCAGCAUCACUCUGCAGUGGAAUAAAGUCAACAACAACACCAGCUUUGUUCUCCAGUUUAACGGCACAGAGACAAACAUCAGUGAACCAGAUGGAGAUGGACCAGUAGCUCACACAGUCUUAUAUCUCACUGCUGGAACUAAAUAUACAUUCAUACUCUACCAUGUGUUUAUGAAUGUUAGAAGCAGUGCUGUAAACAUCACCGUUGCUACUGCUCCUGAAAAUGCUAAAGGCUUUAGACCAUCAGCACAAGAUGAGACCAGCAUCACUCUGCAGUGGAAUAAAGUCAACAACAACACCAGCUUUGUUCUCCAGUUUAACGGCACAGAGACAUUCAUCAGUUCACCAGACGGAGAUGGACCACUCCUGAAAAUGCUGAAGGCUUCAAGGCAUCAAAACAAGAUGAGACGAGCAUCACUCUGCAGUGGAAUAAAGUCGACAACAACAUCAGCUUUGUUCUCCAGUUGA